AUGGGAUCUGAAGUACUGGACCCAGAAUUGAAUUGGGACUUUGUCCAGGCGCUGGAAGCGUUACACAUUCCAACUCGUCAGGCGAAGAAGAGAAAUUUAGAUGAGUCCAAACAGUUAGUCCCCGCGGCGACGGGGCAGGCUGGAGCUGACCCUAUCACCGCGGUCAACUCUCACCUGAGUCAUGACAGCUCUGACGCUUGGAAAUUCGACAACGUUUGGAAUAUCUUACACUCCGAUGUUCUUGGGUGGUCGAAAUCUUGUUCAGACAAUACUCAGCUAGACGAUACUCGGGCUCACUCUUCGGACAAGACAUUACAGUCAUCGGAAUGCGCGCACGCCUCAAAGCAGACAGUUGCUGAAAAGCGUCCGUGCGAUAAUUCAAUAUUCCCAUCCUCUCGUGAACACCUAAAAUCAGUCACAUUCAAACUUAACCCCACCGCGUGCCCAUCCACUCCUCAAAACUCAAAAGCUUCCACCACACGCUCUUCUACUCGUGCGUCCCCAUCUGCGGUUAGAAUCCUGAAACGACCCGGCAAGCAAGUGGAUGGCAGCAUAGUGUCCUCCCUUUCAUCUCAGACUCAGAAACAAGUUGUGAAACUCAAUCCUACAAACUCCAAACCCAUUCAGAUCGCCAAAAAAGCUAAGCAGGCCAAGAAAAAUGAACCCAUGCUGUCCUCGGAAAGCAGUGCGGAGGCCGAGUCAGAUUCAAGUAACAUUGUUUUUGACCGUCCCACUCCCAGAAAUCCUGGCGCCCUAACUUUCGUCCCGGCGCAAGUGGGCACAGUUGAUGUGCGUCAUGACUACACUGAUACGCCGCCUUCUUCCUACGACGAUGCCGAUUCAUCGUUAAAUUCAGAUAAGGUUAAGGAUCUUAUUUACUCUUCAGGGCCACCACGUGUUUCUCCGUCUAAACACAAAACCGCCGUAGAGCGGCGCGUCUUCUUGGCGAUCAAGCUUCUACAAACUUUCCCCGAAUACGCCGAGCUAAGUUCACACUUGGGAAACCCCCAAGUCUACAAACUUUCUGUGGAGCCUCGUCCCAUCCACGUCUUCGUGGACAUUUCUAAUAUCCUUGUUGGAUUACACAAUGCCGUUAAACUAUCUCGAAAUAUUCCCACGACUACACGCAUUCGCCGACUCAACAUGUCUUUUGCAAACUUUUCUUUAAUCAUGGAACGACGUCGCCAGGCCACCAAGAAAGUCUUGGUUGGAUCGGAUCGAGUUCCCUCCAUCGACGAAGCUGAAAAAUUGGGCUACGAGGCAAACAUUCUGGACCGUGUUCACAAGUCGAAGCAUACACCACGUCCUUCCAAAUUCCACAGUAAGGGACAUCGUUUUGGUAAGCCUGAAAUGGCCGAAGCCUCUGAAGAACGCUGGGUUGAGCAGGGUGUAGACGAAAUUCUACACUUGAAGAUGCUCGAAAGCUUGGUGGACACUGAUGAACCUGCGACCAUCGUCUUGGCGACUGGAGAUGCGGCAGAAGCCGAAUAUUCUGGGGGAUUCUUGCGCAUGGUAGAGCGAGCAUUGCAGCGUGGCUGGAACGUCGAGCUGGUUAGCUUCUCACAACUUACGAGCUAUGCGUACAAAAAGAAAGAAUUCCGGGACAGGUGGGGUCCUCGUUUCCAAAUGAUCGAGUUGGAUCAUUAUGUGGAAGAACUCAUUGAGUAA